AUGACCGACUUGAACGGCUAUGAGUACAUUGCCAGUAUUGUCUUCGGCGACGAGACGCUCCAGGUCAUCGUCGACUCCGGAUCUAGUGACACUUGGGCUGUUCAGAAAGACUUUAUCUGCCAGGACUCUGACGGCAACAGGUUGAACGACACAUCAAUGUGCGACUUCGGGCCCACGUACAACGGGACGUUUCAGCAUGGCUCUAUCCCGGGCGUGCACUUCAACAUCACCUACGGUGACGGCGAAUUUGCCACAGGCCUCAUGGGGUAUCAGGACAUCACCCUGGCUGGCCUCGAGGUGCCGCAUCAAGAGGUCGCCUUGGUGAACAAGACUUACUGGAACGGUGACAACGUUGCCAGCGGCUUGCUCGGCCUCGCCUAUGAUCUUCUCACCAGCGAGUACGACGAUGCCACCGGCAAGUCCAUCUAUUAUGACUCCAUCUUCACCACCAUGUCGAAGAAGGGUAUUGUCAAGCCUGAUCUUUUCAGUAUGGCCAUGGAUAGUAAGUCUCAGAUUGGCCAGUUGGCAUUUGGCGGGUUGCCUCCUGUCGAAACCAAGGGCAAGUUCAUCAGCACGCCUAUCCGAUUGAUCGCCCUCUCAUCCCGUCGACCCGAGGCGAAGACGGAGUACUCUUUCUACACUAUCCUUCCUGACGGAUACUCCGCCGGAUUUCACAACAACACAACCCCGACGAUUGUCGACAGUGGCACGACUUUGAUGUACGUGCCGACUGAUAUUUCGGAUGCCUUCGCAGCUGGAAUCCCCCACUCUUUCUACGACUUCUUUUCCGGCGCAUAUUACGCUCCUUGCGAUGCUACGGUGCCGGACUUUGGUGUUGUGAUCAACGGGCAUACCUUCUACGCCGACAAGGCCGACUUGAUCCAGAGUAGCGACCCAAUCGACAACGGUGACGGCACCUUUGUCUGUUUGCUUGGUGUCACCGACGGCGGCGAGGGACCCUACAUCUUGGGUGACACCAUGAUGAACAGCCUCGUGACUGUGUUCGACGUCGGCGCCGCAAUGAUGCGCUUUGCAAGCCGCAAAUAA